CCCAGCGCAGCGCCUCAGACCGUUAGCUGCUCCAGAACCCGCAGGGGGCUGUGAGAGCAUCGCGCCGGCGUGGGCUUCGCACGCACCGCUGACAAGAUGAACAUCCAGGUCCAACCAGAGCACAAGCUCUCGUCGGUCGCCCCGCUCAAACAGUGCAAUGUGGAGAAAAAAGAGGUGGAACUCAUACUGGUGAAGGACCAGAACGGAGUCCAGUACACUAGUACCUCCAUCAUCCCCGCGCCGGGGCUCCUGGCAACCGAGGAAGAGCGAGAGACCUGGGGCAAGAAAAUAGACUUUCUCUUGUCGGUUAUUGGCUUUGCAGUGGAUCUGGCCAAUGUUUGGAGAUUUCCAUACCUGUGCUACAAAAACGGUGGAGGUGCCUUCCUGAUCCCCUACGUUCUCUUCUUGGUAAUUGCGGGGAUGCCAUUGUUUUACAUGGAACUUGCCUUGGGUCAGUACAACAGAGAAGGAGCAGCGACAGUGUGGAAAAUAUGCCCCGUCUUUAAAGGUGUGGGCUACACGGUUAUUAUCAUAGCUCUGUACGUUGGUUUCUACUACAAUGUCAUCAUUGCCUGGUCCCUCUACUACCUGUUCUCCUCCAUGACACGCGACCUUCCAUGGCUCACGUGUGGCAACAGCUGGAAUAGUCAAAACUGCACCGACCCCAAAUUAAUCAAUGCGUCUACCCUCGGCAACGGCACAUCAUACGCCAAGUACAAGAUCACCCCAGCGGCAGAGUACUACGAACGAGGCGUUCUGCAUCUCCAUGAAAGUAGGGGAAUCCAGGACCUGGGCUUGCCCCGCUGGGAGUUAACUUUGUGCUUGGUCGUGGUGGUCUUCAUCCUUUACUUCAGUCUGUGGAAAGGUGUCAAGUCAUCAGGAAAGGUUGUGUACAUCACAGCUACUAUGCCCUAUAUUGUCCUGUUUGUGUUGCUCAUCAGAGGCAUAACUCUACCAGGAUCUAUGAAUGGCAUCAGGGCCUACCUCAACAUUGACUUCAACAGACUCAACAAUCUGGAGGUGUGGAUUGAUGCAGCAACUCAAAUAUUCUACUCUUUGGGAGCAGGAUUUGGUGUGCUCAUUGCAUUUUCCAGCUAUAACAAGUUUAACAACAAUUGCUACAGGGAUGCUCUCUUGACCAGCACUGUGAAUUGCGUCACAAGUUUCUUCUCAGGGUUUGCCAUCUUCUCUGUGCUUGGAUAUAUGGCAGAAAAACAUAAGGUGAAAGUAGAAGAUGUAGCAACAGAAGGGGCAGGUUUGGUGUUUAUCAUCUACCCAGAGGCAAUAUCAACCCUACCCGGCUCAACAUUUUGGGCAAUUGUGUUCUUCAUCAUGUUGCUGACUUUGGGCAUUGACAGCUCGGUGAGUAUGACCACUUAA